AGGCUGUUAUCCAGUGUGGGCAUGUCGCGUGCUCUACAGACUAAUAGUGAUACAGAACUGGAGCUAGCUAACUGUAGCCUCGGCUAACUGCCCCCCCCCGCUGUUUUUCACUGAAAUGCGCUGAUUUGUUUUGCAGAACUAGCGCGAUCUAAGUUUCAGUCAACGAAACCACCAAUCAGUCAACACCUUAACGGUGACGUGAGCAAGCGACAUUCCUGAAAGCUUCUACCGGUGAACGUGGUGCACCUUCUGUGUUUAUAUGUACGACGUCAGACAAGUUAUAUCCAGCGUUAGCUUACUGAGCUGACGCUGGAUGAAGUAACGUGCGAGAGGAGAAGUUACGUUAGAGAGGAGAAGUUACGUUAGAGAGGUGAAGUUACGUUAGAGAGGAGAAGUUACGUUAGAGAGGAGAAGUUACGUUAGAGAGGAGAAGUUACGUUAGAGAGGAGAAGUUACGUUAGAGAAGAGAAGUUACGAUAGAGAGGAGAAGUUACGUUAGAGAGGAGAAGUUACGUUAGAGAGGAGAAGUUACGUUAGAGAGGAGAAGUUACGUUAGAGAGGAGAAGUUACGUUAGAGAGGAGAAGUUACGUUAGAGAGGAGAAGUUACGUUAGAGAAGAGAAGUUACGUUAGAGAGGAGAAGUUACGUUAGAGAGGAGAAGUUACGUUAGAGAGGAGAAGUUACGUUAGAGAGGAGAAGUUACGUUAGAGAAGAGAAGUUACGUUAGAGAGGAGAAGUUACGUUAGAGAGGAGAAGUUACGUUAGAGAGGUAGCACUGCUUGGGUCUGCGGCCAUGUGGAGAAGGCUCUGUGGUUCACAUAGCUCAAGCUAAGGCGCCCUCUGUGAAGUCGUACUGUUCAGCUUGUGUUGAGCCUGUCUUAGAGGCGUUAGUCGACUUGUUGCAGUCAGUGCUGCUUACCAGAGGUGCUAACUAAUUUGUAUAAACCCUUUUGGAGCUGCAGGAUGGACAUGUCCAGUAGACUGUUGGUGUUGCAGCAGCUGGCUGAGAGCUGUGGUGCCAGUACAGUCCAGCAGGGUUUCCAGCAGGUCUGGAGGCUGCUGCUGCUCUGCCUGCUCUGCCGACUCUGCUUCAGACUGGGAGGCGUGUCCACUGUGAAGCAUGUAGUGUCUGCGUUGACUGGGGUCUACGGCCUCUUCCUGUUCUUUGAGCUGCACAUGAUGUGGGUGCUGUUGCUCAGUGCACUCUGUUACCUCGUUCUGCUCCUUAGCAAACACUCCAGCAGCAGAGGCCUCUUCCUCUCGAUGGUCAUCCUCAUCUACCUCCUUGUUGGAGAGUUGCAUUUGAUUGACAUGGUGACCUGGCAUAAAAUAAGAGGCUCUCAGAUGGUGGUGGCCAUGAAGGCCAUCUCUCUGGCCUUUGACCUGGACAGAAGAACAGUGGGCAGCCUGCCCUCCCCAGCUGAGUUCCUGGGUUAUGUUCUCUUUGUUGGCACUGUUGUCUUUGGCCCUUGGAUCAGCUUCUCAACUUAUAAGAACUCCAUUGAGGGCAAAAAAAUGAGCUGGCUGUGGCUGCGGAGCUCCUCCCUCAGCCUGCUGAAGAGUCAGCUCUGUCUGCUGGUCUCCACCUGCAUCGCCCCUUACCUCUUCCCUUUGUUCAUCCCCAUAUAUGGAAACGCAGUCACACAGAAGUGGCUGCAUGCUUAUGAGAAUGCAGUGUCCUUCCACUUCAGUAACUACUUUGUGGGCCACAUCAGUGAAGGUACCAGCAUGCUGGCCGGUGCAGGCUCCACUGAAGAGAAGGACAACAUCCUGUGGGAUAUGAGUGUAGUGAAGCCUCUCAGUGUGGAACUGCCUCGCUCCAUGGUGUUGGUGGUGACGUCCUGGAACAUCCCCAUGUCCCAAUGGCUGAAAACCUAUGCCUUUAAAAACGCCAUGAAACUGGGGACCUUUCCAGCCAUCCUGGUCACAUACACAGCCAGCGCCUUACUGCACGGUCUGAGCUUUCACCUGGGAGCGGUUCUGCUCUCUUUGGGCUUCAUCACAUAUGUUGAACACGUUCUGAGAAAGAAGCUUGCAUCCAUCUUCAGUGCCUGUAUCCUGUCCAGGCCCUGCACAUUUGACUGCAGCCAUCAGCACAAGAAGGAGUAUUGGGUGAUGUUGCUGAACCUGGUUUUCAGUUUCCUGGCCAUCUUCCACCUCACCUACCUGGGCUCCAUGUUUGAUCCUGGAGUUGAUGAACAGGAAGUAGAGGAGGGUUACGCAGCCCUCCACACCAUCCAGAGGUGGUCUGAACUGAACUGGGCGAGCCACUGGGUUGUGUUUGCCUGCUGGGUCUUCUACCGCUUAAUUCAGUGACGUCAUUGAAGCAGAUGCAAAGGCCGGCCGACACCAAAUACUUCUCAAUGCAAUGGAUGCUGGGCAGAUGUCAUCUGAUGGGACGAGGAUCUGCUCAAGCGGAGAGGACUGAGACAGGUGGCGGAUGGUGUUUGUACUGGGGUGAAAACGGAGUUACUUAACAAACCUCUUCAGACCUUGAUGCAGAGUGAGAACAUACCUAUAUGUAUGUAAAGGAGCAGAUGGUUAGAUUGCAAUGACAAUAUAACGGGAAGAAAGACCGAAACCAGCUCCUAAUAGACCCAAAGGCUUCCAUUGUUAUGGCUGUGUUGGACCAUGUCCAAAAACAUUUCAGCAGUUUAGUAUACUUAUAUGCGCAUAUAUUUUUAAAGGGUCCAUAACUGUUCAUAUGUUCUUCUGUUACAACAGAAUCUUUUUGUUCUGCUGCUAUAGUAUUUUUCUUUUCUUUAAAUGUAAAGAAACUCCUGGUUUUUGAUUGUAACAGACUGCCGGAGCAGGACGUAACCCUGAGCUCUUUCUGUUCAUUAUAAUCGCCUACCUCGAAUCAUUAUAUUUAUAGCAUUUAUUAUUACAGAUUGCAACUAUAUUAGAUUCCGUUCUAAUCCUCAUAGCGUACAACAGCUGACUUAAUGUAAGUAUACACAACUCGACAAUAAAAUACAUGCAGAACAACACAGAAACCCAUCAGUGACUACAAGUCUGAUCUUCUAAGAAACCCGAGUUUACAGUGAUGCCAGUUAUGAUCUGCUUUGACAGGAUUUUAUUAAGAGAUAGACGGAGCAAGAUGUUUUCUCAAGGUCUCUGAGUCAUGAAGGCAUUAAUGGUCAUACAACUAUCUUUUCUAGUCUUAUGACCACUUAUUAACCCCAAAAUAUAGUUGUUUGUAAUACAGGUUCAUUUACAUGUAAGGUGCCACCUAGCUUACAUUCUAUCCGUACGACUCCGGGUUAAGUGUCUUUCCCAAGGACACAUCGGCAUAGAAUAGUGGGACCGGGGGAUCCAACCGCCGAUCCUCUGAAUUAAGAACGAGUGUCGCCCCAGGAUGAGUUGAAUUCCAACUAUUUGGAGAAUGAAGAACAGUUUCCGAUGAGACGCAGCAUCAUAACUGCAACCUGCUCUCCAUUUAAGCAGGUUUCCUGUGGCCGGGUUGGAGAAACCUCUUAACGGGGUCAGUGAAACGGCAAAGACCAGAGACUACACAUCAGAAUCAUCUGGUUUUGGGCUGUGAUAUCUUGGCCAGAGUAAAUGGUAACAAGUCACUUUUAAAUGUGACUGGCUGUAGUUCUGUGGUAGUUCUUUGCAGUGUGAGGUGCUAUUGAUGAGGCGUGGACCAUAUUGAAAUAUAAUGGUAUCACAAUAUGUUCAAAUGCAAUCUUGUAACAUCGUUUUUGGUGAGAAACUAAUAAAUGCAAUUGUUUAAAGAUCUUUCCACCGCAAAAUAUACUAGAUAAUAAAAGGGGACUUAUGAACUGUUUUACUUCCCAACAAGCAGCUUAUAAUGCAUUAUUAAAACUACUGAUGACUUGGAUUUUUAAAUAAUAUUUCAAUGACAAUACAAUCAUUUAUUUACUAA